AAAAUAACCUGUAGAGUUCAUGUGUGGAUGUGCUGACGGGAGCAAACACUGCCGGAGCUGUGGUGAAUAUUUCAGAGGAGGAGGAGGAGGAGGAGGAGGAGGCUGUCAGAUGAAGGUCCUCGCCGCCGCCAACAUGUCUUCAGUCAGAGCCGCAGCCGUCCUGCUGCUGAGCUGCUGCGUCCUCGUCGUCCCGCCCUGCAGAGGUCAAGGAAGUGACUGCAGCUGUAACAUCACUAACAGCCGUUGUGACGAGUCUGGAGUCUGCAGGUGCGACCCGGGUUGGGAUGGCAAGCGUUGUGAGCACUGUGUGCCGAUGCCCGGCUGCCUGCACGGUUCCUGUCAGCAGCCGUGGCAGUGCAGCUGCGAGCCGGGCUGGGGGGGGCGCUUCUGUGACAAAGACCUGGCGGCGUGCUCGGAGCAGCAGCCCUGUCACAGCGGCGCUACCUGUGUGAUGGAGGACAGCGGUGAAUACACCUGUCUGUGUCCUCCAGGUUUCCACGGCAGGAACUGUCAGCUGAAGACGGGACCCUGCCACCAGCGGAGGUCUCCGUGUAAAAAUGGCGGCCUGUGCGAGGACGCCGACGGCUUUGCGGCAGAGUUGACGUGCCGCUGCCUGGCGGGUUUCACGGGACGGCGCUGUGAGACCAACGUGGACGACUGCCGGAUGAGACCGUGUGCCAACGGCGCCACCUGCCUGGACGGCGUCAACCGCUUCUCGUGCGUCUGCCCCACCGGCUUCACCGGACGCUUCUGCACGGUCAACCUGGACGACUGCGUCAGCCGGCCCUGCCUCAACGCCGGCCGCUGCGUGGACCGCGCCAGAGGCUUUCACUGCGUGUGCCCGCCCGACUACACCGGCACCACCUGUGAGACGCCGCUGAGGAGCCGCGACGAGCGUGGCUGGACGACGCUGGGGUGGGAGGGGGGUGGAGGAGGCAGGGUCAUACCUCCCCUGACCACCGGGGGUAAGGAGGACCAGAGGACGACCGGUAACAGCAGUCGUCAUGGCGACAGGCUGUUUAAGGUGACGGUGAGCGAGCGUGCCGCCAUCGGCCUGUCGGAGGUCCAGCUCAUCGUGGUGCUGGUGCUGGCGGGAGUGACGCUGGGUGUGGUGGUGCUGACCGCCGCCCUCGUACUGCAGGGUCGCUGCAGAGACUGUGGCCACGCCCCCUGCUGGCCGCUGACAACAUCGCCACAGCGGCAAGGACAGAAGAGCAGCCGGCGAGGGCGGCGGGACGAGCAUGAGUGUCAGAUCAGCUUCCUGAAUGUGGAACCAGAGAAGAAGAAACUUAACACUGAGGUCAUAUAGAGCGAGCGGGCGUCCGAGCACACAAACAAACAGAGAGAGACAGCUCUGACCCAGCACUGCAGGGUCAGAGGUCAGAAGUCAGCAGUGUGACCUCAGGUUCAGGUCUGAAGUCGGAUCCAGUCCAACAGGAUGUGGUCUGACAUCAUCACAGCAUGUACAGAUUGAUCAUUACCCACAAUGCACCUCUCCCUCUGACAGUGAGCCAAACAUCUCAGUCCUUUAUUCCCUGCAGUCAGACUGUCCUCCGUCAGCAUCAGAUGCUGCAUUCAGUCCCGGUCAGGACCUGCUGUUCCCUGGGAGCUCCCAGUCCGACAGAGUCCGCUAAUGGAUCCACUACAGCUGCUGGACUGGGGGGGGGCGUAGCACACUGCGCCAGUGGCUACUGCGUCUCUGUCUGUUCUUACAGGAAAUAUGAGGAAGCUAACAGCUCUCUGAUUCUGGUUCACCUGGACUUUAAAAGCAAAUAACAGAAACUUUUGUGUUAUUGUGAACUGAAUAUGCAAAAAAGUGAAGUUAUUUGUGAAGAAUGACCCUUGACCUUCUUCUUUCCUUCAGUCAGAGCAGUUGUGAACCUCACAUCACAGCUCACAGCGAGUUCUCUCACAGACGCCAGAAUCCAUUCUCAAAAACCAGAGAAUACAAAUUAUUAUAUGUCUGUAUUAUUAUAGUACUGUAUUAUAUUAUAGUACUGUAUUAUACUAUAGUACAGUAUUAUAUUAUA